CGCUGGCAUUAUCACCACCACCAUCGCAACAGCAUGGAGGUUGUCGUUCGCCAGUACUUGGUCGAAGCGGACGGACGAAAACUUCUCCUACAAGAUGACGACACAGCUCGCACCUUCAUCGAUGAUUUGUCUCGCAACGAUGACUUGCAUGCAACAGGCAACGAGCAUCCUGGCGACAAUCAACUCUACAGAGGCAUGCGAUCGGAUUCAUACGUCACACAGCUCGCUCAAGUGCUUGCUGCGUGGAAGGAGACAUCGAGGCACCCCCUCUUAGAGCUCCCUAAUGUACCUAUGGUUGGUGUGACCGAAGACAAGUCGUCUCUCCUUCGCGUGCUCGGUAUUCCGUUGGAAAUGGUGGUUCAUGUGGACAGCGUGGCAUCCAUGGACUCGUUUAUCACAGCUAUUGGGGGUGCUCGAGGCAUCCUGACCCUUCUGGGCGUGCGAUGCACAGUGGGUAGUGUCGUUGUAUGCCCGCCAACACGUGCGCAAUGCCUGGAAGCAUUCAAUCGACGCCAAUCUAGUGAUUCCAAGUCGUCUAUUCUUACAAUUGGCGCAAGGCAGUGGACAAAGCACGUGCAACGCAGCCUCAAUGGAUGGUGGGGCGUGAACAAGGGCAGCGAGGCAGCGAAGAAUGCCGUGGCCGAGUGCAUGAUUGUUCAGUUGCUGGAUUCAACAGUGUGGAAGAACAUCCAUGGGCUACCGAAUGGGCCGGUGGUGUUUGAGAUUCGCCAACACGAGGGGUAUGGCGCUAGAUGGUCGAUUCAAGGCGGCAAGGACGUGCAUUUCCGAGGCUUCGUGGAACCUUACUUCGAGAACGGGCACGACGUUGGGUGGAUGCAUUAGACAUGUGAAUUGUGUUCAAUUAAUCACAGCGUGAAAUCAAUGUAUCCA